AUGAAAGUGACCUACACAUCCUACACCGCCGUCGCGGAAUGGAAAUGGGAUCUCCCAGCCGAAGCCGACGACACCUGCGGCAUCUGCCGCGUGCAGUUCGAAGGCACGUGUGCGAAGUGCAAGUACCCUGGUGAAGACUGUCCGAUCAUCAUCGGCGCCUGCACCCACUGCUUCCACAUGCACUGCAUCAGCGACUGGAUCGCGUCCGAGGCGAGCCAGGGCAAGUGUCCGAUGUGUCGGCAGGUGUUCAAGGAGAAGAUCGCGAAUGCGCCGGCGAGUCCACAGGUCAGGACGCCCGAGGCGAGGGUGACGAGGGCGCAGGCGGCGGGGAGUGCUGGGGCGACAGGCUGA